GUUGUUCCGAGGCUUCGGAGUGUUUCCAGAGGUUUUUUGAAAUCCAUUCCCGGUGCUUCCGAGUUUUGUUUUGGAAGUUGCGAGCCCUUUGACUGAGGCCAGUUCAGUUUCAUGGUGGCCUCAGCUUCAGCGAGAGGCAGCAGGCGAUCGCAGACUUCUCGGAAAAUGCCGAUUGCAAAGCCAUGAUCCUGACCUUAAAGGCCGGGGGUGUGGGGCUGAAUCUCACCGCUGCGGGCCACGUGGUGCACUUCGACCGAUGUUGGAAUCCUGCCAAAGAAGCGCAGGCAACAGACCGUGCCCACCGAAUCGGGCAGCAAAAGACUGUGCUGGUGCACCGCUUCACCACGCUGGGGACCUUCGAGGAGCGAUUGGCGCUGAUCGUCCAGGAGAAGAAGGCCUUGGCGGCAUUUACUUUAGAUUCCGGAGGAAGCUCGACUGGCGAUGUGGCCCAGGUCAUCGCAGCAAUGCCAGAUGCGCAGCUGCGUGAACUGUUCCGCCUGACCAGAACACCGCAAGAAAAGUGUGGCGCAAAUGAAGCGGUGCUGCUGCUUUAGUCACCCCAGUUGCAUUCGC